CAAUUUUCAGAAAUCAUGAGCUCAUACCCAUCCAGUGGUCGCCGGCGACCUAUCACCCGAUCAGAAGCCGAAGAAAGAGCAUUAGACAAAAUUUCCAGAGAGGCGGAAGCUCGAAUGAAAUUGAAACGAGAAACACGAGAACAAGCCCGACAAGGAAGAUAUCAGUUGUUAGAAAAAAAAGUUGAAGAAGAUGCGGAAGCUUAUCGUCAUGAUACUGCUGAUAAAGUGAUCGAGCUCCAAGAUCGUGUUCAACAAGUCAUGUUUCUAUAUUCUCAACUGGAUAAUGAGAAAUCAACGUUACUUUAUGAGGUUGAUCUUCUGAAAGAUGAACUUGAAGAGAAGGAUGCAUCCUUGAAUUUAUCAUCUCGAGAAUGUCGUGAUCUUACGAGUGAAGUUAAAGCUUUAAAACGGACCAUCGACGCGUUACACGCUUCUCAACAGCAGCUGAAACAAGAAAUUUCACAGCGAGAUCAGCUUAUACAGGAAAAUGGUCUAUGUCUUGUCGAAGAAGAUCCGGAUGAUGAAGGAUCCGAAUCAACGAAUAACGCUUCUGGAGAAAUAAGAUCUGGACCAUAUCUCUUCAAAAGAGAAACGAUUCGACUGGUUGAUCGAGUGGUUCCUGGUGCGGCGAGUCUUGAUGAUAAAAUCCAGAAACUUGUUGAUACGAACAAAAAGAUGCGAAAAGAUUAUGAGGAGUUGGAACAGACAAUUUACACGCAACGACAUGCUCGUAAUGCACGAGAUUCGGCAAAUGUGAUUCCAAAUCAAGGAGUUGAUGAUGUUAACAAAGAUGCCGCCAAACAGCUCGCCGAGAUGAAGCUGAAAAUGCAGGAUCUGGAACGAGAAAAUACAAAUCAACAAGGAAAUGUGAUCAGAAUGGAGGGGCAAAUGAAGCGGUACAAAUCAAAUGCAGAUGUAGCUGAAAAAGAAUUGGACGAGUUAAAAACUCAAAUGAGACAAACAAAGAAAGAGCUUCGAGACAAAGAAAACGCGUUAGACGAGCAAAAAGAAACCAAUAAGCAUCUCCAAAGUCGGCUGGAAAAAAUGAGAAUGCAAAGAACCGGUCGCCCAUUAUAGGAUUUGUGCCAGUUAAUUUUUUUCAUCAUUUUUUAAUAUUUUCCCCCACAAGGUGCUUUAUUCGUAUUGCCAUUAUCACCCAUCCUAAAAUUUUUUAGACAUAAUUUUUCUGUUCUCAGUAUUCUUUUUUUUUCACCAUAAUUUCUUCCCUGUAUGUUCAUGUUUUUAGUGCCUUUAUUGACUAAUGUUUCGAAAGUGUCUUGUAGAAAUAUGUGGGUUUCCUAUUUAACUUUUUUCUUUGUUGCUAUUACUAAAUUUCAUAUAAAUUUAUUGUCAUCUAUUUACAUCCCCUAUAAUCUGAAAACUUCAAAAUACCAAAAACUUCAUCUCAAUUCACUCUCUUACCAAAACACCCGUCAUUUUUCGUUAAAAAGACUCGCCGCUUCGUCAUCAUCAUCCAAUUCAU